UCUAACAUUGACCCGCAGAAGAAAAAGAGAAGAAGAAAGAUUAUUUUUUCUUGGGCACUUUCCAAGUUUUCUUUUUUCUUCUACGCACUCUUUUUGUAGGCAUUUCACAAACCAAAAAAUUAUAUUUCCUUUUUGUCUCAAAAUUUGCUUUAAAUUUAUAAAAAUGGGAAACUGUUUGAAUGGAGGAAACAACGUUACAAGAAUGGUUCAAGAAGAACAAGAAGUGAAGAAAGAUUACAACAGAAAAGAUCGGAAAGUGAAGAUUGUUCUGAGAAGAGAUGAGUUAGAGAAACUCAUCCUCUUCCAGUUAAAUGCCGGUGGUGACGUCCAAGGGAAGGGAGAAACAACUUUGGCUUCUUUCGGGGAUUUUCUCAGGGAACUAGAGGCGGAGAGAUUUGCCGGAGAAGCCGCAGCUAAGGCAGCUGAGGAAGAGGAAGAGUCUCGCCGGAGAUGUCGGAAGUGGAGACCGUCGUUGGAGAGAAUUACUGAAUGGCCUGAAGAAACACUAUAGUAAUCACUUUUUAAUCAUUUUUAGAUAAUUAAUUAAGGUUUUAAUUUAUUUAAGUUUCUUUCUCUAAGAUAGGAUUUUCGUGGGGGAGUUUGCAUUUGCUUGUUUUUAUUUCUCUUUUUUCCUAUGAUUUUUUUUCACCUGAGAAGUGUUCGCAAGGUGAGAUAUCUUCGGUGUUUGAAACUGGCAAAUGUUUAUUUACCCCAUAGAAAAUCCAAAAAAAAACAUGAAGUUUAUGUAUUGCAUUUUCUUCUCUCAUGUAUAAGGUUCAGUUUGUAAAAGUGUCAAACAUAAAUAAACUAGUACUUUAGUGUACAUCAGUUGUGUUGCUUUAU